AUGGAUAAUAAUGUAAGUUAUAAUAAAAAUGAUAAUGAAAAUAAGAAUAAUAUUUCGAAAAAUGAAAAGAAUUGUAUUAUGAAUGAAUUGAAUUAUAAUCAAUCAGUAAAUGACGUCGAAAUGAAAGAAGAAAUAAAUAACGUAAAAGAAGUAAAAAAUGUAAAUAGUUCUGAAUUUCCUUAUAAUAAUAAGGAUGACUUUAAUAAUUUAUAUAAAAAUGAAAAAAAUGAGAAAACUUCUCUUAAAUAUUAUGGUGCAAAUUUUAAAAAUGAUAGCAGUUAUAGUAACAAUAAUAGUAAAGAAAAUAGUAACAGUAACAAUAAAACGAAUUUUGAAAACACAGAUGAAUAUAAUGAAAAUAAUAUAAGGAAUAAAAUUAAUAAUUCAAUUAAUUUAGAUAAUUUAACUGAAGGAGUUAAUAACACGCAAGAAAUGAGUAAAUUAUCUUUAAAAAAUACAGAAAAUUUAAGUAAUAAUAAUAUAAAACAUUCAGAAAUAAAUAAAAAUAACAAUUUACUAAAUAAUUUAAAUAAAUUACCAAAUGAUAGAAAUAUAAUAAAAGAUAAUAAAAAUGAUUCUCCUAUGAAUAAUCUACCAACCAGUUUUAUGAAUCCGAUUCAUAAUGAAUAUUCAGGGAAUAAUAUUCAAAAUAGUUUUACAAAUUAUUUUCAAGGAAGUAAUCAAAAUUUAUCUAGUAGUUUAUCAUAUUCUCAAUAUGACACUAAUAUUUUAGCAGAAAAUAGGAAAUUUUCUCAAAAUGAACUGAGUUUAAAUGAAAAGGUGCAUAGUAAUGAUAGUAAAAAUGUUUAUCCUUAUAUAAACAUGGGUAAUAUCCAACAAAAAAAUAUUAGCAGUACGGAAAUGAAUACAGUUGAAAUGAAUCAAUUUAAAAAUGCUAAUAAAGAAAUAAAUAAUUCAGAAAUUUAUGAAAACAAUAAAAAUAUUUAUGUGAAAGAAAUGAAUGAAAAUUCCAUGAUGCAUCCAUUCAACACAUUCUUAAGAAACAUUGUUAUAAAAAAACCAACAAAUAUGAGAAAUAGUAUUCAUAAUUUGAACUUAAAUAAUGUAAAAUCAAUGACUUUUGAUUCAUAUAAUAUGAAUCAAGUAAAUAGUAAUAUAGAAAAUACUCUAGAUAGUAAAACAAAUAGAAUAUAUAAAAUUCCAUUUUUUAGUAGUAAAUAUGAAAAUGAGAUAAAUGAAGAAGAUUUAAAAUAUAUUUAUUCUCUUUUAAAUAAUGAAAUAGUACGAUCAGAAGAAUCUGAUAAAGAAAUAAAUAGAGUAAAAAACGAAAUAGUGAAUUUAUAUAAAAAUGACCCUAUGCAAUUGUUAACAUUAGAAAAGUGCUUAUCAAAUAUAAGAUCAAAUAAAAACUUAAUUGAAAUUUUAUUUUAUAUUUUAGAAAAUAAUAAAUUGAUUAAUAUGCAAUAUGAUCCACAGUACAAUCAUAUUAAAUAUAUGAACUACUUAAAUUUUGAAGAAAUUAAUAAUAUGCAUAAAAAAUUGGGAAAUGAUGAUUAUGAUAAUAAAAAUGAUAAAAGAGAAAAAAAUUGUAAUAAUACACUAGAAAAAAAGAAUAUGAAUAAUGAAGAACUAAAAUUAAAUUAUGAUAGUGGCAAUAAUAUUAAUUUUAUUGGUAAGUAUAAUAUGCAAAAUUAUUUUUCAAAUACAAAUGAAGAAAACUAUAAUGAUGCAAGGUUUAUGAAUAACGACUCCCAUUAUUUAAAUAAUAAUAAUAGUAAUAAUAAACAUUGUCACUUAAAUAUGAAAGUAAUGAAAAAUGAAAAUGGAAUAAAAAAUGAAUAUAUUGAUAAAAAUUUAUAUGGAAAUUCAUCAAAUCAUAUUCCUACAUACAACAAUAUAAAUAAUAUGAUAUAUAACAUGAAUAUGUUAAAUAGCACAACUAAUUUAAAUAUUACCAAUAACUUAAAUUAUACUAAUAAUAAUUUAAUUAAUUCAUUUAAUAUAAAUUGCAAUAAACUAAAUUAUGCUGAAUCAAUGAAAAAUAAUUUUAGUACCAAAAAUUAUGGUAAUUCUGUGGAAGCCCUAAAUAACUCUGAUGAAUAUGUAUCAUUUAUUACAAACAAGAAUUUAGAUACGAUAGAAACAAGAAAUAAACUGAAUGAAAAUAAAAAUUCUGUUAUUUCAAAUAAUUUAAAUAGUACUUUUGAAUGUUUAAAGAAAUCUAUACAUUUAGAAGAUAUGAAAAAAAAAGCAAAUACAUAUGAUGAAGAAAACAAAUAUCAUCAUACUAAAGAAAAUGCUAUAGCAAAGGAAAGUUAUCAUAAUAAUAAUAUAUAUAAAUGUGUUAGCUGUGGGAAAAUAUGUAUAUAUGUAUAUUACAUUCUGAAACCUAAUAAUAUAAAAAAAAUUUCGUAUGGAGUAUUAGAUAAAUGCAUAUGGUGUAGUAAAUGUUAUAAUUUAAGUAAAUAUCCAAAUAUUCUAAAUAGUGAUAAUUUUAUCAAAGUUAAUAUACCUUAUAAUUUUUCAGAUAAUGAUUGGAAUAUAACAGAAAUAGAAAAAUUAAUUGAUGGUGUUUGUAAAUAUAAAAAUAACUGGGAAAAAAUAAGUGAAUCUAUCCAAACAAAAACACCAUAUGACUGCAUUUAUAAAUUUAUUUCUAUGCCAUUAUCAAACCCUUAUUUUGAUUUAGAUAAUAUUUUUAAUAUUAACAAUUUUUCAUUUAAUUCAUUUAAACAAAACAAUACUCUUUUAUCUCUUUUAUCAUUUAUAUGCAAUAAUAUUAGUCCCUUUAUUGGUGCAUAUGCAGCUAAAAAAAUUGUUGAUCUUAUUUUGGACAAACAGAAAAACUAUAUUAAUACAAAUGAAAAUGAGAAAGUAGAGAAUUAUGAAAUGGAACACAAGACACAAUUAGAAAAAGAAGUGAAAGUAAAAUAUGAGAUUGAAGGAGAAAUAAAAAAAGAGGAAUGCAAACAGGAAAACAUUAAGAAUGAUACACACAAAAAAAAAGUAUACGAAGAUAUUCAAAACAAAAAGGAAAACAAAUUAUGUAAUAAUAAUGUAUCAGUAAAUAACAAUCUAAAUGAAGGUGAAGAUCAUCCUGAAGGGAUACAUAACAAUAACAAAGAAAAAAUUGUGCAUAGUAAUUUAGAAGAAAAUAAUUGUGAUAAUACAAAUAAAGAAAUUUUGUCCUUUAUUUAUAAUAGUGAAAAAAACAAUAAUGAAAGAAAUGAAGAAAAAAUUGAAACUUCUAAGGAAGAAAUAAAAAAUAUAAUUAAAAAUGAAGAAGUAAAUAAUAAAAGUGACCACAAUGAAAAAGUAGACACUAAUAUGAAAUGCGAAGAAAAAGAUUCACAGGAAAAUAAUACUUUUAAUAAUUCAAAUUUUGUACCAUUUAAUUUUAAUGAUUCUUUUAAAAAAAAUUUUUCUACAUAUAUUUUAAAAGAAAAAGAUAUGCAAGAAAUUCAUAAUACAGUUAUUAAUUCAUCGAAAAAAAGAGCAAAACAAUUAGCAGAUUUAGAAGAUCAUAAUUUAAAAAAUCUGUUAAAAGAACUUGUACUAAUUAAUACAAAAAAACUUAAACUAAAAUUAAAACAAUAUCAGUAUCUUCAAAACUAUUUUGAUAUUCAAAAUCGAUUAAUGGAGAAAAAAAGAAUGUGGUUAAAUGAAGAUAAGUAUAACUAA